CCGCUGCCGCGGCGGAGGAGGAGGAGGAGGAAGGAGAGCCGGAAAAGCGGGAGCGAUGGACAGCGCCGGCAAGGAGCGGGAGGCCGUGCAGCUCAUGGCGGAGGCCGAGAAGCGGGUCAAGGGCUCGCACUCCUUCCUGCGGGGGCUCUUCGGGGGCAACACCCGGGUGGAGGAGGCCUGUGAGAUGUACACCAGGGCUGCCAACAUGUUCAAGAUCGCCAAAAACUGGAGUGCGGCAGGAAAUGCCUUCUGCCAGGCGGCCAAGCUGCACAUGCAGCUCCAGAGCAAGCACGACUCGGCCACCAGCUUCGUGGACGCCGGGAACGCCUACAAAAAAGCGGAUCCGCAGGAGGCCAUCAACUGCUUAAACGCAGCCAUCGAUAUCUACACGGACAUGGGCCGCUUCACCAUCGCCGCCAAGCACCACAUCACCAUCGCCGAGAUCUACGAGGCCGAGCUGGUGGACAUCGAGAAGGCCAUCGCGCACUACGAGCAGGCCGCGGAUUAUUACAAGGGAGAGGAAUCCAACAGCUCAGCCAACAAGUGUUUGCUGAAGGUGGCGGCCUACGCGGCGCAGCUGGAGCAGUACCAGAAAGCCAUCGAGAUCUACGAGCAGGUGGGAACAAACACGAUGGAUAACCCUUUGCUCAAGUACAGCGCCAAGGAAUAUUUCUUCAAAGCCGCCCUGUGCCACUUCAUCGUGGAUGAGCUGAAUGCCAAGCUUGCGCUGGAGAAAUACGAAGAAAUGUUCCCGGCUUUCACAGAUUCCCGGGAAUGCAAGCUAUUGAAAAAACUGCUGGAAGCUCACGAGGAGCAGAACAGCGAGGCCUACACCGAGGCAGUGAAGGAAUUUGACUCCAUCUCGCGGCUGGAUCAGUGGCUCACCACGAUGCUGCUGCGCAUCAAGAAAACCAUCCAGGGCGAGGGCGACGGCGACCUCAAGUGACCCCCACGGGCCCUUCCCGCCUCCAGCCGAGGACUUUUCGGGAAUUCCCGACCCAAUCCCGCGCUUUCUUUCGUCGCUUCCCAUUCCCAUGGCUCACUGUGUUUCUUUAGCCCCCGCUCUGUGACGCUCCGGGCGGAUGCGAGGCAGGAGAAGCCCUCGGAGCGGAAUUCCUCCUCCUCCUCCUCCUCCUCUUCCUCGGGAUCGGUCCCGCUCAUCCCGGUGCCUGCACCCGCGGCUCCCGGUUUUCCCGCUGUAAUUUCCAGCAUGUAAAUAUUCCAUCCAGGCCAGCGCAGUACCGAUAAGCGCUUCCAGCCCGCUGUGUUCCCGUUUUCCCGUUCCCGAGUGUUGGAUACGCUUGGAUGUGGGGGUCUGGAAGUGCUGCUAGCCAGAGGCUUUGGGAUUUGGGAAUGUCCCGCACACCCCCGCCGCGCCAAAGGCAUUCCAGGAGCGCCGGGAUCCGUGUCGGCCCUAGGUCCUGGUUGGUUUCCAUCUUUCUUGGAUUGAUUUUCCACUUUAGCUGGUGGUGCAUCCCCAUCCCUCCACUUCCCAAAUAAUUCUGAGGAAGGUGGAAUUUUUGUACCUCGCCCUCCGCGCGAGCCGGGCACGAUCCCUGAAUUCCAACCCCUCGGCUGCACGCGGGUGUUGAUCCCGCGGGAGGAGCCUGGCUGGAAUUCGGGUGGCUGGGGCCAAGUUUUCUUGGGAAAAGUUGAGAAAUUCCCGCAGGAAUUGGUGGAUGCGUGAUUAAGGAGAGAGGAUGGAGCGGCCGGGAUUUUCAGGGAUGUGUCAGAGGCGUCGGGAGUUUGUGCAAUUCCUCACUCCUUGGGAAGAGUAGAGUCAGUAAUUACAGGCUGUUCCAGAGGCUCCAGGCAGCCCCAGCCCCCCUUUCCUCUGGAAAAGUCUGGUUGGAAUGUUGGGCUUUGGACAGAGCUUGGCUCGUUGGGCUCUGAAGUUGUGAAAACCAAAAAUUCCGAUCCAUGCCAAAUUAAAUUCCCCUCGCUUUGGUGUUUUCCCGCCCUUCCCGAUCUCUUUAUUUCCCACAGGUCCUUGUGUUCAUCCCAAUGGAAAAGCCCGGGCUUGGGAGGCGGGGCGGGGGGAUCUCCCAGCUCCAGGCUUGGAAGCACCUGGAAUUCAUCCAUUCCCACCCUUGGGAAUGGCUUUGUGUGGCGUCCAGCACUGUGGGAGCCGGGAGCAGGGGAAGCACAGCUCGGGAGGCUCCGCUUUUCCCGGUGUUUUUUCGGUUCUGUUGCCGUUCCCUGCGCCGGUGUCGUGGGACAGGAGGAGCAGGAGGGCUGUUACUCCAUCCCUACACCCGGUAGUUGUGUGUGAGUAGCUCCAGCAUGUCCUCCGCUGUAUCCAUGGUGAAGUGUGACGGUUCCCAGGUGAUAAUUCCGCCACUCCCGCUGUAUUCCCGCCCCACUUCCAUCACUCUCUACUCGGAAAACUUAUUUAAGGAAAUGGCCUUAGCAAGAAUAUCAUGUUUGGUGUGACUCUGUACAUGAAUAAAGUGAAAAUCAUGGAUGGAA